AUGUCGGACCGCGAAGGUAGCAAAAAGAAGCCUCUGAAACAGCCCAAGAAGCAGGCCAAGGAGAUGGACGAGGAAGAUAAGGCUUUCAAGCAGAAACAGAAGGAGGAGCAGAAGAAACUGGAGGAGCUAAAAGCCAAGGCCACGGGCAAGGGACCCCUGGCCACAGGUGGAAUUAAGAAAUCUGGCAAAAAGUAAGCUGUUCCUCAUAUCUGAGAUGACGGUGAGCCUCUUCCAUUCCUAUUUAAACAUCUGGAUUCCCUGCCAUAACAUCUUUACCACCUACAGCUAGAAUGAAGUGUUACCCUGGAGCCUGUUAAACAUCUGGAUUCCCUACUAUAACAUCUUUGCCACCUAUAGUUAGAAUGAAGUGUUAUCCCGGAGCCUGUUGUACAUUGUAAUAAACUUUUGUAAAAAAAAAAAAAA